AUGAAUACGCAAGAAACGACGGCGAUUAGUCUUUUAAUGGAGAAUGUAAUAAAUACCAGUACAAGUACAGAACAAGAAAAUUUAAGUACUAGUGAAACAGAUUGGAAUAAUAGUAGUCAUUCAACCAGUAAUACAUCUUCAAGCAGCGAAGAAAAUGAUGAUAUCUUCUUUCCUCUAAUGAAAUAUUUAAUCAGUGGACGUAAAAGACAUCGGGUUGAACAUUACCUUCACGUUGUGGAUAAUUGGACAGAUUUAGAAUUUAAGGAGCACUUGCGAAUCAAUCGCAUUAUAGCAAUUCGAUUAAUAGAUGAAUUGCAUGAUAGUGGAUAUAUUCCUUCACAUUCAUUUGGAGUUAAACCGAUUGAAGCAAAACUCUGUUUUCUUGUAUUUUUGUGGCAUUUAGCGAACACAGAACCUCUACGAACAAUAUCAGAUAGAUUUGACAUCUCAAUUUCAUCCGUCUUUCGAGUAAUUCGUCGAGUGACAGCUUGGAUUUUAACAAAAUUAGAUGAUGUUAUCAAAUGGCCCGAAGGACAAUAUGCCGCAUAUGUUUGUCAAGAAUUUUAUGCUAAGAGAGGCAUUCCAAAUGUAAUAGGAACAAUUGACUGUACUCAUAUUAAAAUAGAGAAACCUAAUGUAGAAAAUGCAAGAGAUUAUUGUAAUCGGAAAAGAUACUUCUCUGUAAACCUACAAGCUGUUGUAGAUUCGAAUAUGAAAUUCACCAACAUAUAUUGUGGUCAGCCGGGUUCUCUCCAUGACGCACGAGUCCUGAGAAAAUCUCCAUUAUACAAUUCAGCUAAUGAGGAUAGAGAAGUAAUUUUUCCAAAUGGAAAAUUUAUAAUCGGGGAUUCUGCAUAUCCAUCAUUACAAUGGCUUGUUCCUCCUUUUCGUGAUAACGGUCACCUUGAAACCGGAGGCUAG